GUCGACAGACCUCCUAUCCUUAUUACUGAAGACUGAAGACUGAAGACAUAUUUGACUGUAUGCGUUACGCAAGUGGGUUCAUUAUAUUGUCUGUCGAAUUACUUGCUUCUGAGUGUUAUGUAUAUAACAACAACUAAUAUUAGUUGUUGUUUUUAAGCACCAAUUUUAUGCUCAGUGUUUUGUGGGAACAAUACGAAUAUUCGAUCUGCUAUCAAUAAUUCUGAGUGAUUAUAUAACUCUAUUGUAUUAUAGGCUAUGUGGUGUGAGCACUAGUAUAAAUCUUCUUCAACUUCCUGAGGAUUCGUUUGCUUAACUGGUUUAUAUUAUGCUGAUAUUUUAUCCUACAUUUUGCCUAAUUGAUGAAUUCUAUUUAGAUGAAACUAAUAAUUCGGCGCUGUGAUGAACCAUCUGCUUGAUUUCAUCUCGGUUCUUUGGUUUCUAAAUACCACACUUCUAUGACUGCGAAGAAAAAUAGGCAUGUACUAAAUUGGACUCCUGAAGAUGUUGUCAAAUGGUUACAUAAAUAUGCCAGUCCAGUCGGUGCAAAAUACUCUGAACUGUUUGAAACAAACAGGAUUAAUGGGAUGUGUUUACGUCUGAUGACGGAUGAGUGGCUACUUCGAUUAGGAGUAGUCAAUCAAAACGAUAGGUCAGCUCUUAUGAGUCAUAUAUAUCGGAUGCGUCUAAAGUACGAUUCUUCAGAUUUGUCGGAUAUGCUUAAAAACAACUAACAUUUGUACUUUGAGUAAAUAAACAUUUCAUUGAGAAAGCGUUUUUUUUUUGCUUUCGUUUUCUU